ACUAUUCUCGUGACAUAAAUUGGCAUAAAUCUCCAAGGUCGACGAUUAUCAUUCAUCUCGCUCCAUUCACGGUCCAAUCAAUUUGUAUGUGUGUAAAUUUAUUAUUUUUACGGAAGAUGUGGUGGAUAAACGGUAGUCGCUGAUUUUCUUCCACGCACCCUCCGGUUAGACCCGGAGAUAUCGAAUAUUAAAUCCAUAGCCCGAAUACGUAGGCUAUGUAAGUAAACACAAAAUCUUUGGAGCUAACCCUGUUGGUAGUCCUCUGCCCUACUUGCUAAAGCGUAAUUAAAUGUUGAAAAAAUUAGAAGUUUUACUUUAGCUGUGAAGGUAGAACCCAGUAAACUAUAUAUGUAUUCUAGGUGACAACUAACAAUGUACAAAGUCCUGAUUGCAUUUUUCCUGUUUAAAGUUUCAGUGUAGUGUUUGAAAUUAGAAAAAUGACUACAGAGGCUGAAGAAAAAGCUCUACGUUACAGAAGGGCUCAAAGUGUGACUAGGGCUGAAGAAAUAACAGAAAAAGAGAAGAAAGCUAGAAGACUGCAAGUAGAUAAACCAUGCCAUAAACCAAGAGAUUCUCUAUUCUCAUGGAGUUCAGAGUUCACAAACUUUACUGGUCUCGUAAACUGGGGAUUUUUGAUGCUAACUAUUGGUGGCUUACGACUGUGCCUUGAAAACUUUUUGAAGUAUGGAAUAUUAGUUAAUCCUCUGGAAUGGAUCAUUGUAUUAACUGGUUAUAGUGAAGGACGCACACAGCAGUAUCCUUCUAUCAUUUUACUUAUAUUUAGUGUGGUGCCAGUUGUUAUCAGUUUGAUUAUUGAAAGAGCUAUUUCAGUUGAUAUACUUAGUGAUAAAAUAGGCAUCAGCCUGCAGAUUUCAAAUAUUGUAUUCCUGAUAAGCUUGCCUGUGGUUGUGCUGCAUUUUAGAAGCCAGGAUUUUAGUUUUGUGGGAAUCACAACUGUUUGUAUGAUAUACCUGAUUUUGUUUUUAAAAUUAUGGAGCUAUUGCCAUACUAAUUACUGGUGUCGAAGCAGUCUCAGAGCAAAGCCUAAGAAGACCAAACUGCGGAGACAAAGUCUUUCAGCACCUAAUUACAAUGAACUCAUGAACGCGGAACAUGAGCAAAGCUUAGACGAUGAGAAGAGUGAGCUGGCGGCGGUCGGUCUCGUGCAGUAUCCGGACAAUCUGAACCUCAAAGACUUGUUAUACUUUUUGUUUGCACCCACACUUUGCUAUGAGUUGAAUUUCCCGCGCACCACACGUAUCAGAAAACGAUUUCUUAUUAAAAGGAUUGUUGAAGUUGUUUUCGGUGUGAAUCUUGUUAUGGCGUUAUUCCAACAAUGGAUGAUACCAACUGUAACGAACAGUGUACAUCAGUUUUCCGAAAUGAAUAUGAUUAAAAUGGCGGAACGGUUAUUGAAAUUAGCGGUACCAAACCAUUUGAUAUGGUUGUGUUUCUUUUAUCUUACGUUCCAUUCAUUUUUAAACUUGAUGGGUGAACUGUUACACUUUGCGGACCGCAACUUCUACAACGACUGGUGGAACGCCAACAACAUCGCCACGUUCUGGAGCUCGUGGAACAGGCCCGUGCACAUGUGGGCGUUGAGACACGUCUACAUUCCUAUCACAGACCGGGGCUACGGCAAAUCCAACGCCAGUAUUGUUGUCUUCUUUUUAUCAGCUUUCUUCCAUGAGUAUCUGGUGAGUGUACCACUCCAGAUGUUCAGAAUCUGGGCGUUUCUGGGUAUGAUGGCGCAGCCCCCGCUGUCGAUUAUCUCUCGCUUUGCGGAGGUGCGGCUGGGCCCGCGCUGGGGGAACAUCAUCGUGUGGAGCUCGCUCAUACUUGGUCAGCCGCUCGCCAUCAUGAUGUACUACCACGACUACGCUCUCACUCACACACUCAAAACACCAGCAGUUAUAUAAUCUACUAACAAAAAUAUGCUCCAAACUUACUUGCCUUCUUUCAAUAUUAAGAAGUCAAACCAAGCAUACAUUUUGUCCUUGAUAUUUUGUUGAAAUUUUUUUCUUUUAGAUAUAAGUUAAAAAUUUAU